GAUUCAAGGCUCGACCACAGCACACUGAGGCACAGUGGUCCUGGACACAGGAACACACUGCACAUUUUGAAACAGCAAUUUGUUUGAGGAGCUGACAGUAGGGCUGUCCGUUUAGCAUGGGACAAAAGCGUGGGACAAGAAUGAAGGUACAAGACCGUGAGCCAGCCGGUUACCAGGAGCAGGAGACCAACGCACAGACAGGGGGCAGUAGAGCAUCAGACAUAAGUGCAUCCUAUGCACAGCAGGGAUUCCUCUCAGGGCUGCCUGUGCUAGAUGCCCUAGAGCUGCAGGCAGCCAGGGAGGCAUUUGGAAAGCUGGAGAGGGAGUUUGGUAAAGAGUACACCCAGUAUAGUCUCCACAAUGUCCAUCUGCAGUACGACUGGGUGAUGGCUCUAGCAAAGCACCCCAAGGUCCUAGAGCCAGUCAGCACAAUCCUUGGGCCAGAUGUCAUCUUGCUUGACUCCCGCUUCAUCUGCAAAUAUCCUGUUGGCGCCACUUCCAAUGGACAGGUGGGAAAUGACAUCACAACUUCUGCCAAGCAGAACAGUGCACUCGACAAUGAGGAGGGGAAUUAUGGGAAAGCUCAUGCUGGACAGCAGGAUAAAUCAGGGUUGCCUUUUGUUGCCUGGCACCAGGACAUGAGGUACUGGGGUUUGGCUGGGGGGCCAGUGCUCUCAGUAUGGCUGGCUCUUGAUGACUCUUUGGAGGAAAAUGGAGCCCUGCAGGUCAUUCCAGGCAGUCACUGCUCUGGAAUCCUCCCCCACCAGCCCUCACCCCACUCAGGAAACAUGCUGUCUGUCAAUCAAGAGAUCCCAGAGGAGUUGGUGAAAAUUGAUGAAGCUGUACUUUGCCCACUGCUGGCAGGGCAGAUGUCUGUGCAUGAUGGACUGCUGAUCCAUGGCAGUGACCCCAACACGUCAGGAAGAAGGCGUUGUGGGUUUGUCAUACGUUUUGUCCCCACCUGUGCCUAUCCCAUUCAGGACCCGGAUCGUCCUCGCAGUUUCAAUGCCACAGUGCUGGUUUGUGGCACUGACAAGUUCAGGAAUUUUCCCAACAAUACCCAAGAACUGUAGAAGGCUGUGUGCACCACUAUUCAGUGCCUGAUCCUUCCUUGAAGAUGGCUCUUCAUAUCACUCUGCUGAUGUAAUUAUUGUUUCAGCGAGCCUAUAUACUAUAGGCUGUUUGGCAUUCAUUUUGUUGGCGUUGUCUAUUAUACCAAGCUUUGUUUUCUGCAUGUGACUUUAUGUGGCAGAGAUGCACACUCUUCAAUAACUCAGGAUUCUUUUUUUU